AUGUCGUCUCUUAUUCCUAGGCAUUUUCUUCGAGGCGCCUAUUGGAACUACCGCGUUCUGGAACCUGUCAAAGGAGAUAGCACGCACAUUUCCACCGUCUUUAAGGCCCAGAUUGUUCCACGUGAUGCCCGCGUCGUCCCCGAAGUCCCUAAAUGGGCUUUGAUCAAAGUAGCGUCGCCUAGUGAUGAAAAUGCCACCAAGAAUAUGCAACGUGAAGUUCUGACAUAUCGCCUUCCUGGUGUCGCCUCGGCGAAGUGCUUCCGGAAAAUGUAUGAUGUAAUCGACGACAGCACCAUUGCUUUGGAAUGGUUGGAUACUACUCUCGCAGAGGUGGAAUACCAUCCUGACAUGCGCAUCUACUCCCUCAUCAAUACGUUUUUAAGAGCAGCGUUCACAAGUUGUGUCGUUCUGGAGGACCACAAACAUGUGAAUACAGACUAUAAAACUGCCAAUAUCCUGCUUUCUGACAACCGGACAGACCGUGUUAUCGCUAAAGUGGGAGACUUGGGACUCGUUGUCCCGGUUGGCGAACUUUUUAACGCCCAACCAUAUGCUAUGCGCGCCCCUGAAGUCUUUCUAGGCAAACCGUGCACUGAGCCAUCGCAGGUCUGGGCUGUUGCUGCGAUGCUACUUUGUUGGGUCAAACCUGGUGUAUUGGGCGCAUGGGAUAGCCCUCAUCCUUUGAUUAACGAGGCUUGGUCUAUGGCAAAGAUACAGCGGCUCUUCCCCCACUGGGAGAUUCCGACUCCUGAAAUGGUGAAGGGCGAUACCCUUAAAGUUGCACUAAAUUCUGCCCAAUCUCUAAGUAAACAGAUGCCAGAACUACAAGCGAUCCUACCUUUCGAAGAAGAGACAAAAAAGGUGGAGAUGCCGCGGCAGUUAAGAGAUCUUCUUCGCUUCAUUCUGGUACCUGAUCCGAAAAUAAGGCCAUCCGCCUCAUUUGUGCUUGCAUCAAGGGAAUUUCGAAAGUUUGAAAAGUACGUGACCGUGUAA